GAUAAUUUUAAAUUUCAAUUUCUCCAACUUCAAUUUCUGGAUAAAGACUGAUUUCCUUUGAUGAUUUUUAAACGAUUUUUUCUUUAUAUUCCCUUUAAAAUUUAUUUUUUUAAGUUGCUUGACUUUACUUUGGUUUUUAUGGAUUGUUGUGCUGAAAUAAUUAAUGGAACCAUUUCUUCUAAAAUGAUUGAAUCUUUACAAAUAUUAUACAAGGAAUUGGAAAAUUUGUUAACGAAUGCUGAAAUUUCACAAAAAAAUUCUUCAGAAAUUUUGUUCAAAUCGAAAAUAAUUCCAACGGCUCCUUUAACUGAUUAUUAUAUGGAAAGAAUUGAAUUGAGAAAAAUAUAA